UUAUGUUACUUCCACACAAUCCGCGGUUAAACUAAGAAUGCUCGUCUCCAAAAGAAAGCUUUGUUUGGUUUCUGGUGAAUGUGGCCAAAUAAUGGAGCCAAUGCUCGUUAUCAGCCUCGGUAACGUGUGUUAAUUCUCCCAAGUCACAAAGAAAAUGGGAGACAGUGACGACGAGUACGAUCGCAGAAGAAGGGACAAAUUCAGACGGGAAAGGAGUGACUACGAUCGUUCCAGAGAGAGAGAAGACCGACAUCGGGAUGAGUGGAAUGACAGAGAGUGGGAUAGGGGCAGGGAACGGAGAAGCCGCGGAGAGUACCGGGACUAUGACAGGGGACGCAGGGAGAGAUUCACCCCUCCCAGACACGACAUGAGUCCCCAGCAGAAGCGCAUGAGAAGAGAUUGGGAUGACCAUGGCGGAGAUCCCUACCGUGGCGGGUACGACAUGGGUUACGGGGGAGGGGGGCCUAGUUACGGUCCCCCGCAGCAGUGGGGCCACCCGGACUUGCACCUCAUGCAGCCACAUCACGGUAUUCCCAUUCAAGCAAGGCUGGGGAACAUCCACGAAAUUGAUUUUGGUCCACCCCCUCCGAUCCUGAAGAGCUUUAAGGAGUUCCUGAUUUCCUUGGAUGAUUCCGUGGAUGAGACUGAAGCGGUCAAGCGCUACAACGACUACAAGAUCGACUUCCGCCGGCAACAGAUGCAGGACUUCUUUUUGGCUCAUAAAGAUGAAGAGUGGUUCAGGUCCAAGUACCACCCGGAAGAGGCCAGUCGUCUUAAGUCGGAGGCAUUGAGAGCCCUGAAGAACCGCCUGAAUGUCUUCAUGUUUCUGAUGGAGAACGGGUGGUUCGAUAACCUCUCUUUAGACAUUGAACAGACGCCAGCAAUCAUCAAGGUCCUGGAUGCGGCUGUGAUCAAGAUGGAAGGAGGGACGGACCAUGAUCUUCGCAUCUUGGAAUUGCCUUCUGAGGAGGAGGAGGAAAGGGAAAAGUCGGCAUUUGGUGGAGCGGAACCUCCCAAGAACGAGCAUCACAAGAACGCUGAUGGAGACUGCAAGCCCUCAGUAGCAAAAGACAAGAAUGAGAAAGAUGAGAACGAGUCCGUCUCCACUGAGAGGAUUGCCGCAGGAGGGGAUGAUGUCAAAAAGGAGGCUGAGAAAGAAGCAGCCAAAGAAGAAAAAGCUGAACCCAAGAAGCCGAGGAGAAAGAGGAAGCGCAGCGGAGACAGCGACGACGAAGCCAGCGCUUCUGAAAGCGACUCUGACUCUGAAUCAGAUUCAAACUCUGUCUGCUCUGAAAAGUCUGUGAAGAAAGAGGUGGUGGAAGACAAGGAGGAGGAAGGUGAAGAGGAGCAACCGAAGCAGAAUGCUGAAGAGGAGGAGGAGGAGGAGGAAGAGGAAAAAGUGGAGAAAAAGGUUAAAGAUGACACUCCUAAACCGCGGCCUCUCCACAAGACUUGCUCUCUCUUCAUGAGGAGCAUCGCUCCCACCAUUUCCAAGGCUGAGAUUAUAGCUCUGUGUCGCCGCUACCCUGGUUUCCUGCGCGUCUGCCUGGCUGACCCCCAUCCAGAGCGCAGGUUUUACAGACGCUGCUGGGUAACCUUUGACCGCAGCGUCAACAUCAAAGAGGUCUGCUGGAAUCUUCAAAACAUUCGUCCGCGUGACUGUGAGUUGGCACCCAGUGUGAACAGGGACCUGGCGCGGCGGGUGCGCAACGUGAACGGCAUCACUCAGCACAAGCAGGUGAUUCGGAACGACAUCAAAAUGGCCGCCAAGCUCAUUCACUCCCUGGACGAGAAAGGAGUCAUGUGGUGCAACCCGGCCCAGGACGAAGGCCAAAGCGCAGAGAAGACUCAAAAUCCCAUCUUGAAGAAUAUCACUGAUUACCUGAUAGAGGAGGUGAGCGCUGAGGAGGAGGAGCUCCUGGGCUCCUCUGGUGGGAUGGAUCAAGAAGAGAAUGCCAAGGAGGGGCACUCAACAGAGAUGACUGUGGAGAAGGAUGAGAAACUUGCCAAGGUUUUGGACCAUUUGAUUCUGUAUCUGCGCAUUGUGCAUUCCAUUGAUUACUACAACGCCUGUGAAUACCCGAGUGAGGACGAGAUGCCCAACCGCUGCGGCAUGAUCCACGUCCGUGGACCGGUGCCGCCGAACCGUAUAUCGCACGGAGAAGUGCAACAAUGGCAGAAGGUGCUGGAGGAGAAGCUGAGUGCUUUAUAUAGUACAAAGGAAACCUUGUCUGAGGAAGAGGCGGUAAAGAUGGGCCGCAAAGACCCCGCUGAGGAGGUGGAGAAGUUUAUUUCUGCCAACACGCAGGAGCUUGGGAAGGACAAGUGGCUCUGCCCUCUUAGCGGCAAGAAGUUUAAGGGUCCAGAGUUUGUGAGGAAACACAUCCUGAACAAACACGGGGACAAAAUUGAAGAGGUGAAAAAGGAGGUGGUGUUUUUCAACAAUUUCCUGAUGGAUGCCAAGAGGCCAUCUCUGCCGGAGAUGAAACUUCCUCCUCUUCCAGCUCCGGGCCAAGGUUUGCUUUCCCCAAAUAUGCCAUUUUCUCCUCAAGGUCCCCAGAGUCCAAUGGGCUUUGUGCAGCCCCGCCCCCCACUUAUGGGCUACGGUGGUAUGUUAUGGAAUGGGUUGGCUAGUUGUUUUUCCUAUUUGCGAAUAGCAAUGCCUAAUUCCAUCCGUAAUGGCAGGCGUACCUCCUUACCCUCCCAACCAUUUUGGAGGCGGGCGAGGAAACUACGACAACUUCCGUGGACAAGGCGGAUACCUCGGAAAGCCACGCAACAUCAGAAUGUCACGGGGCGAUCCACGAAACAUCAUUGAAUAUCGGGACCUGGAUGCCCCAGAUGAUAUGGACUUCUUUUAGAAGGAUCCCGAGGCCCCGUUAAUCCUCACUUCUUGCCCAUAUCUACUGUAGUGUUUUUGUAGCAUUUCAUCUUCUCAUGAUUGUGCAAGUAUAACAAACAUCUGAUGUACACUUGUUUCAAUAAAGCUCUCAUUCCCAUAAAUUUAUCUGCAUUAGGGGCACCAAAAAGAUCAAAACUCGGCAAAUUAUUUGUUCUGCGAGUCAAAAUAUGAUUUGUUAAACGUCUGCUUUUAAUAAGAUACUGUAGCGUAUGGUGUAGCUUUUCUCAUACCCAGUCGAGAGAUGUUUUGUGAACGCCUUGACGCUUUUGGCAAAUUGUGUAGUGGGGAGCAAGGGUGUCCUCUACUGGGUCAAAGAUGAAUUGCAAAAGUUUCUACUAGCACUACAGCAUUGUACAGUAAUGACAAAUGUUUAAAUGUAGUGAAAUGGAUUGCAACAGGUUGUGUCAAGCACACUGCAGUCCUCAAUAAAGAA